AUGGGAAAUUCAAGUGAGAUUGAAGUUGUGUCAUUUGUGCUGGCUGCUUAUGCAAACAUUGGAGCUUUAAAAUAUAUGUUUUUUGUCAUAAUGUUGUUCUGGUACCUCUCUAUAUGUGUCGCCAACACAGUUGUUAUUGUGGUCAUACAUGUGGACAGAAGGCUACAUGAGCCAAUGUAUAUACUGCUUUGCAGUUUAUGUGUGAAUGAAAUAAACAGCAGCACAUCACUGUAUCCUCUUUUGCUCUCACAGAUCUUUUCAGACAGCCAUGAAGUGACCCUGCCGUGGUGUUUUCUGCAGAUGUGUUUUAUGUACAUAAGUGCACCGUCUGAGUUUUGGGGUUUAGCAGCCAUGGCAUAUGACAGAUAUAUCUCAAUUUGUCAUCCAUUACGCUAUAAUGUCAUUAUGAAUACAAAGAGAGUGUUUUUGUUGAUUUUGCUUGUGUGGAUUUUUUCGCUUGUUAGUUUUAUAUUCUCAUUUUCUUUCAUCUUUAGUUUGAAGUUUUGCAGAAAUAUUGUUGACAAUGUUUAUUGUGACCACCAAUUAAUGAUAAGACUUUCAUGUUCAGGUUCAACCCAGAGCUAUAUAUCUGAGAUAUUCUUUGCCAUUGUGAGUAUUUUCAUCCCAUUCACUCUCAUUUCAGUCUCUUACUUUAAGAUUUUGGCAGUAUGUCGAAAAACAUCAAUAGAAAACAAGCAGAAAGCCGUGACUACUUGCACUCCUCAGAUUGUCUCUGUGUCAAACCUGUUUGUUGGCUGCAUUUUUCACUCUAUUGACUUUAGGUUUUUAAUAGCUCGGGUACCAGACGAGGUCCGUAUAAUUUUACCUAUGUAUAUCCUCAUUUGUCAACCAAUGCUCACCCCAUUCCUGUAUGGAUUUAAUUUGCCAAAGAUAAGGCACUCAUUUAAAAGGCUACUUUUUAAAAGAAAAUAA